AACACACACACACAGAGCUGGGUGAUCUCAUAAGCUUUUCUUUCCAUAGGCUAAAAAAUUAUGCAGGAAGCCAUUUAUCAUUAUAAGGCAAGGGAGAACCUUUUAGAAUGUUGGUAAGAUUCUCUGGAAGCAAGAUCAUUAGAGACUGUUGGGGAGUCAGUUGGAGUCAGUUUGAGGACAGAUUUUCCAAAGUAGAAUGACAGAGAAAAGGGAAAUAUAGAAAGAGACUUGUCAGUUGUUGAUGAUCUCAGGAUUUACUACAAUAUAGCUAUUAUUAUCGUGUUCUUUGGAUUAUUUGUUAGUGAGAUAACAUCUCCACAAUUUCGAUCUGAACCUCUCUGCUGGAGUCUUCACCCUGACCAAUAAGCGGUAUUGUCUGAUCUUGACUGUCCCUGAAUUCUCUGAUUCACUGACCGAAUGACAACCCUGAAGCAGCAGGUAGGCUGUAGAAUGACAAGCAUUCUGUUUUACUCCUCCCUUUCCAAACACCAUGUGAAUCAGCUAAACCAGAAAUACAGGUAAAGACAGAGGUGGAGGAUGUGGAAAUGCAAACACACUGAGAGGAAAGAGAGAGGAAAAACGUGAACACUAGAGAAAGUGACUGCUGAAGAGAUUGUGGAGUGGCAGAUGAAUUAUUUCCAGUGGGAAAAUGGAAGAAACAGAGGUGGAUAUUGAUACUCUCAUUGAUGAAAUGGAUUAUAUUCCUGGUCACUUUCAUCUAGAUAUGAACUUGAAUUUUGAGUCCUCUUCAACUAUGAAUUUCCAGGGGAGAGAUCUGAAGCUGAAACGAGAGAGCCUAACCUAUGAGCUGGAGUUUGAAACUGGCUCCCAGCAGUAUGCCAUCAGAAACCUUCUGGGGGUCUUUUCUUUCUACCUGGAGGAAGUGGAGCAAGCAAAAGAGAUUUUCCUCCACAUUUCUCAGGAGGACCCUGAGAACCUGAAUGCCUGGGCCAACCUGGCCUAUGUUUAUGACCGGCUGAACAAUGAGCAAGAAGAGGCUCAGUGCACCGAAAGACUCUCCCACUUAAUGGGCUUGGAUUCAGCAGAUGAGCCACAAGGGGAUCCCCAGAUCAGAGCAGCUCGUUGCUUGGCAGAGCAAGGCUAUGCUUAUGCCUUUGAUGUGGGGCUGGUGAAUGAAGAAGAGAAGCUAGGGAAACUGACUGCCGGCCUCACUCUCUACAGCAAGGCUCUUGCUUAUGGAAAGCAGAUCCCUUUGGGGGAGAAAAGAAGCUGGUACUUCACUAUGGCCACACUGCACAUCAGAUUGGAUGGGAUGUGGAUGAACAAGGGGAAUAAUGAGGGGGAAAGGUUGCCAGCCUUCAACAGAGCCAUGGUUUUGCUUCAACAAGUCCUCAAAUCCUCUAGCUUGCAUUACAGAGCCUUGGCCUGGUGCUAUCUUGGGAUUCUGCUAGAAAGGAAGGAGUCAUUUUCAACUAUUCCUAUGGGUAUUCAUGACUGUGGUUACUCUGGGACUGAUCCCCUCGACUGCUUUGGAAAGGCAAUAGAAAUGGCUAGAGACAAUCCACCUGUUCUAAACCGCCUGGCAAAAAUCUUCCACUUUCUUGGCAAGCAAGAGAUGGCAAUGGCAGUCUGCAACAUGGCCUUAGAUGUCCUGCCAGACCCAGUGCUUAACUGGCAAGCAUACUGCAUGCGUGCAAAGAUGCUAAUUAAGCUGUAUUUGCGUGACCUGGAACGUGUCAAAAUGGGUUUUGGAGGUAUACCAGACCAGAAAAACCUUUUGGAUGCCAAAGCUGACCUCGAAAGUGUUACAAAAGUACAUCCAUGCCUGAAGACAUACCUUGACCUAGGCCAGGUCUAUUAUUACAUGGGAGUCGAUGCCAUGCAGGAGUUGUUCUUAGUGGAUGAAAAUGCCAUGAACAAUGCUCUGGUGUUCUUUGCUAAAGCUAUGGAAAUGGACUUGGGGAAUGUCUUGCCCGAAAUCCAGUUGUUGAGGGGGAAAUGCCUCCGGAUCAAAAAUGAAGAGCUGAAUGCCAUUGAAUGCUUCAAGCAAGCAAUAGAACUGGACAGUGUGGGCUCUGUGUAUACAGAGAGCUUCCGGUGUUUAAUGGAGACGCUGCUUACCUUGUUCAGCCAGAGGAGAAUGAAUACAGAGAUGCUGAUACAGGAAGUGGAGCUAUGGGUGAAGAAGGCCGAAGAAAAGUACCCAAAGCAGCGUGUGCGGCAGGAGCUUAGGCUGGUCUGUCGCAAUUACACAACUGAAGUGCUUGAACUUUCCAAAGCCAUGGUGGCCAGAGGGAAGACUGAACUGGUAAAGCUGCUCUUUGAGACCAUGAGAUGUGACUUUAACAAAGCCAAACUUAACGAACGCUCAUUCUCCUUUUGAACAGGAGGUUUCUAGGUCACAUCAAAAAGCAGCUUUUGCUAACCUGGUACCUUUUAGAACAGUAAGAGAGACUGUUUCAUGAAGUUCUAUAUUUGAAAAUGUUGUGCUCUCUAGAACACCUGCCAAGUAUUAUUCUAGGUGCUAUACACCUGAAGGAACAGAGAUAUGUGGGUUGAUGUACAGAGAUGGCAUCUCUCAUUUUUUAUAAUUAAUUUAGAAAUGUGAGUGCUCAAUUCUUCUAAGGAGAGAUAUUAAACAUCUCCAAGCUGGACUCUCA